AUGUUAAAACUAUUAUUCUUGAUUUUGUGUUCCUCCUGCGUUUUUGCGCAGGAUGGAACCGCCGUAAGAGAGAAAAUGGAUGUGUUCCGUUUGCCGAACAAUACCGAACCGAUAUCCUACACGUUAGAUGUACAGACUUUUAUUGAUCCACAAAAAAACCAAUUCACAUUCACCGGUACCGUGAACAUAACCAUUCGGGUAAAAACAUCAACAGAAGAGUUAACUUUGAAUGUAGAUGAUUUAAAAAUAAAUCAAAUCGAUGUGACUACGGAUUCGACAACUAACAUUGCAGUGACCGGAAACCACGUCGUGGUCAAAAAUGAACAACUCGUUAUUCAAUUUAAGUCACCUGGACUUAUUGCCGAUCGAGUAUAUAAUGUUCAAAUCGCAUACUCGGGAGAGUUACGGAACGACAUGACAGGUUUCUAUAAAAGUUGGUACAAGGACGAAGAUGGUAGUGUAAAAUGGUUAGCCGUUACUCAAUUUGAACCAACAUAUGCUAGAAGAGCGUUCCCGUGUUACGACGAACCUGCAUUUAAAACACCCUUUACAAUUUCUGUCACAAGAUUAGAAAAACAAAUUUCUUUAUCAAACAUGCCAAUAGCAGGACAAACUAUCAAACAACCCCUUACUGAAGGUGGCCCUAAAUAUGUACGUGAUCAGUAUCAAACUACAGAACCAAUAUCUACGUACUUAGUAGCAUUUUCGGUUUCGGAAUUUGUAAAUACAACAAAAGAUCAAAGAGUUUACAUUUACACUCAUGCAGACUAUAUUAAUCAAGCGACGUACAUCGAAGAAAGAGCUACUAAAUUACUCAAUCUGAUGGAAAUUUAUACAAACAUACCAUAUAUGUAUUCCAAAAUAGACCUUUUAGCAGUUCCAGACUUUUCAUUUGGUGCGAUGGAAAAUUGGGGAUUAAAUACAUACAGAGAAAAAUAUUUACUUGUGACAAAUAAAUCUACUGAAAAAGACAAAGAGUUUGUAAUUACAACUGUUCAACAUGAAUUGUCACACCAGUGGUUUGGCGAUCUCGUAACAUGUUCAUCGUGGAAUUAUCUUUGGUUAAAUGAGGCUUUUGCCACAUUAUUCGAAUAUUUUGCUGUGCAAGUGGCAGAACCUGACUGGCGUAUUGGAGAUCUAUUUGUCAUUGAACAACAUCAAGAAGCAUUAGCCUACGAUCAUAGACCACGUCAUCCAAUCACAGCAACCGUUAAUGAUCCAACUGAAAUACAAGAUAUUUUCGAUACAAUUACUUACAAUAAAGGAGCUUCAGUACUAAGAAUGUUAAAUCAUGCAUUGAAUGAUGAUAUAUUUAGAACAUCUUUAACAUUGUAUUUGAAUACUUAUAAGUAUAAAGCUGCAGAACCAAAAAAUUUAUGGAGUUCAUUUGAUAGUGUAUUAUUUGACGCUAAUUAUAAAUCAGGGAUAUUAGGAAAUAAAAUUACUGUCGAAGAGUUUAUGAGGCCGUGGACUGAUCAAGCAGGAUAUCCUGUAAUAAAAAUCGACACAUCGAGUCCCAACUAUAUUGGUAUAUCCCAAAAACAAUAUCAAGUGGAUGUACCUAAACUAAAUUCUACAAAUUUGUGGUAUAUUGGUCUUUCAUAUACUACGCAAUUACACAAACAAUUUAAUAAUCUUCAACCAACAGUUUGGCUGAAUCAGACAGAAACCGGAAUAAGUAUACCACUUUCGUUUGAUGAAGGAUGGGUAAUAUUUAAUCUUCAAUCAACAGGUUUUUAUAGAGUUAAUUAUGAUCUUAAAAACUGGGAUCGACUAAUUGCUGAACUGAAGUUCAACCCAAAAACAAUACAUGUUCUUAACAGAGCACAACUGAUUGAUGAUUCGUUCAACUUAGCAAGAGCAGGCGAAUUGUCACAUUUUGUACCGUUUACUUUAGUGUCAUAUUUAGAGAAAGAAGAUGAUUUUAUUCCAUGGUACUCGGCGUUAAAUAGUAUGUCAUUCAUUGUAGAAAGAUUGAGACGUUGUCCACAUACGGGAGCUCAAGUAAAAGAUUUUGCAAAAACAUAUGCGGAAAUAGCAUAUAAAAAAGUCAGUGACCAAUAUGAGAAAAAUGACAGCAAACAUUUGACAAAGACUAGUAUGCAAGCAUUCUCGAACUGGGCAUGCAAAUUAGAUGUUGAAUCAUGUAUUAAAUCAACUUUAAACUAUUUUAACGCGUGGGAAAAAAACGGAACAGAAAUACCACCGGAUGUAAAAGAAGCAGCCCUCUGUAGUGGUGUCAAAAAUGGAACUACCGAAACAUGGAAUAAUGUUUUUGAAUUAUUUAAAAAAACAUCAUCAACCUCAGAACGACAAGCAUCACUAUUAGCAUUGGCUUGCAGCACAAAUAGCACAAUAUUGUCCAACUAUUUAAACCUUUUACUCGAUGGUAAAUGUCCAAUACGUCCACAAGAUUAUAAAACUGUGUUUAAAUCACUGACAUCAACACCAGUUGGUAUUAAUGUAACAACUCAAUUUUUACAAAACAAAAUCAACGAAUCUCUGAGUAAUAUGUGGGAAGGCGAAGAAAUGAUUAUGCUUAUGUACUCAUAUUUGGCUUCAAAUGUUGCAACAGUGAAAGAAAUUAAUGAGAUAAAUGCAAUCAGAAGAUUUACUUAUUUAUCACCAGCAUUGAAAGAAUCAUUUGAUGAUUCGUACAAAGAAGUGGAACUCAAUUCUGCUUAUUUUGAGAGAUGUCAUCCACUUAUGCACGAAUGGUUCGAUCCACCCAGUCCAACUACUGUAGCACCAUCCAGCGCCAUUUCAAACUCAUACCAGUACUUUAAUGUUAUUGUUUUAUCUUUGAUUUUUGUAACAACACUAGUAAAUAUUAAUUAUUUCAAUGUAAUGCAAUAA